UGCAGGGGGGACAGGGCUGCGACAUGCCUGCGCCUCUCCACCGUAGCCCGAGCAGCCGUGCCAGCGUCGGGUGCGCCAUAAUCAAACUUUUCUAUACAUUUUCACGUCACCUGGACGCGAAACAUAAAUUUGGCAUCCUAUGCAAAUAUAUGCUGACGUAAAAGAUCAUGUGGUUUUUGUCGUCGAUCCCCCCUAUGAGCAACGAGGAGGUUUUUUUUUCUCCUCUCUACUGUUGUCUUUAGGUUAGCUAUGCUACAAUCUUUACAGUAUCCAGUGCUAGCUAUAUGCGCCCCGCACCGCACCACUCUGGAUAUCUGGGAAUAAUCAACUUCCAGGCUGUCGCACCCUGCACCCAGAGACUACACACAGAGUCCACAGGCGAUUACCCAGAGUGCCGCUGGCCUGAGGAUCGCCAGGAGAGAGGCAGAGAACGCGCAGUGAUUGGAGGAGGAGGUGUAGCCUCAGAAGGAGCCCCCCCCCAGUGAAACCCAUUCCCUCGCCUGAGGAGGCGCAGAUUCGGUGGACAUCUUGGAUAAAGGUCAAGGAAGCCAUAUUCCAUUCUGACGCCAGGCCUGAGAUGUGGUUGAAAGCUCCAGAAGAAACAACUUGAAAGCCGCUGCUGUCUGUGAUGCCCUCCCAUGACGCCCAGGUCGCUAGCUGACACUGCCAGUGAGCGGGAGACGCCACUGCACAACCGGUCCUGGGCCGGCACAGUCAGCCGGUUCUCGCCCUCCCACUUGCACACUGGAGAUUAAACUCCACCCACCUACCAGUAUCCACAGCCAUCAGCUCCAAUCCACCCAAGUAAGUUCCUUUCAUAAACCAACUCACUGACGUCCUCGGCCAGCACCAGCAGCAGCCAAAAACCGCAGUAUCUUCAACGCAAUCAGCAACACCAGCACAACCAUUAUUAACACCACCAGCAGCAACCAUCAUGUCCAGUCGUAGAAAGUCCUCCACCCCCUGCAUGGUCCGGGUCGUGCAUGAAGAGCAAGAUGACCCUGAUGAGGUAAUGGAUGUGGAAAUAUUGACGGACAACUAUGCGACAGAAAAAGAACAAUCAGAAUCAUCUGAAACUGCAGAAGACCUCCAGCAGGAGAACUCAGAGAAACCAGACCAGCAGACGUUUCCAGAAACAGUGGAAACCCAGAAUACUGAGCCAUUAGAACAAACGGAGCAGUUGAGUGAAAAAGACCAACCCCCUGUCAUUGACGAUGAAGAAACCAUAGAGGAGAAGGACAGGGAAGAGGUGGACUCUGACCCGCUGUCUCAGAAAAAAGAGUCCAGAGGCUAUGAAUGCAAAUACUGCCCGUUUUCUACACAGAACCUGAAUGACUUUAAAGAUCACGUAGACUCCAGCCACCCUAACGUCAUUCUCAAUCCGUUGUACCUCUGUGCUGUCUGCAACUUCAACACCAAGAAGUUUGACUUGCUCACAGAGCACAACGAGAGCCAGCACCCGGGCGAGACGAAUUUUAAGUUCAAGCGGAUAAAAAUGAACAAUCAAACUAUCUUAGAACAGACAAUCGAAGGCAAGGACAAUUCAGUUGUAUGCGAAAUGUCAAAUGAACAGGACGACAGCAACAGCAGCUUGCAGUUUCCACCAUGCAUAUCAACCGCAGUGAAAACCCCCGACAACAUCCAGUCACUGUAUCAAGGGGGGGAACUGAAGAGCCAGACUCAGAAGAAUCAAAUCACAGUAGUCAACAUCAACGGAACAGUGAUCAUCCCCGAACCCAAUAUCCUUCAAGGGCUCUCGCAUGUCACCCCAAUGCUCCAGCGUCCGCCUAACUUUAACUCUGUACCAAAAAUAGCUGUUCCCUUGAACACCACCAAAUAUAACCCUUCUUUAGAUGACAACUUAACGUUAAUCACGUCCUUUAACAAGUUCCCUUACCCAACGCAUGCUGAGCUGUCGUGGCUGACGGCUGCCUCCAAGCACCCGGAGGAUCAGAUCAAGGUCUGGUUCACUACCCAGCGGCUGAAGCAAGGCAUCACCUGGUCCCCAGAGGAGGUGGAAGAAGCCAGGAAAAAGAUGUUCAAUGGCUCCAUCCCUCCUGCACAUCACACGUUUACUGCCGCUCACCCGUCUGUCAAAUCCACCCAGCAGACCUUUGUCCACACCACAGUCGGACACACAAGUUAUGUCCGGACCACUACGUCCAAUGGGUUGAGUGUAGUCACCACCACAACUUCUCCCGGUGAAGUUGCAAUUGGUUCCAGCCUUGCUAUUAAACGAUCUUUGCCAACACAUCUAAUGACAGUGUCUGGCCCGGAGGCUAAACGACCCAUAAUGGCAGUUGCCCCCCAUUCUGGCAAUGCUAAAGACAGGGGCCUCAUGGCUCCUCCCCCUCCUCCUCCCCCAAAAGACCGCCUCCCAAUGGCUCCGCCUCCUGUUCCAAUGGAGACGAGGAGACCUGUAGCAGUUCCUCUGGUCACCUCUGAGAUGAGGUGGCCAUCCUCAACUGUGCCUUUAAUGCCACCGCCCUCAUCAUCAUCUUCUUUGUUGUCCAAAGGGAAGAUUCUCUCUACGUUAGGAAACACCAAAACAAAGCCAGUGGUGUCCCUGCCCUCCCUAGUCUUUCCAGAAUCUUUAACAAGGCCCUUGAUAGUUCCUCCGCCUAUCUUUGCGCCUUCAUUUAAAAACCCUUUACUUUUUCCUAUAACUUCGCCUAUCACUUCCAAAGAAAAGCACCUUUAUACUCAUGCGUUGGCAGCUUCUGAUCAAAAGCUGCCAAACUCCCCACCACUCAAUGGCCAACAGAUAAGAAGGCCAACCAUUAUCCAGUCAAUUCGGGCUCCUACUAAAGCCCUGUCCCAGAUUCCAGGGUUUCCCUUCGAUAGCAAGAAACUAAAAGAGCAACAAGGAUUUGAUUGGAAAUCCAGCUACCCCAGAGGAGAUAAAGUACUCUAUCCUCUGGCAGAGGCCAACGGGACAUCUCGUACAGACGGAAAAUGGUCCCACAAUCACAACUCCCUGGCUCAGCACAAUGGUGUCCUACAUUUGGAUGGUGGUGAGCUGGCUGGAGUCCUGAAACCAGACUUUCAUCAAAAGUCCUCAGUCCUGACCCAAUUCCCCUUGUUGGAAAGGAUGAAAGGAAAGACAGCGGAACAGCUGAAGAUACUGGAGGAGAACUUCUUGAGGAAUGGCUUUCCCACUCUUAAUGAUGUGGAUAAUCUGGCGGGCAGCACCAACUUGUCUCACGAGGAAAUCGAGAGUUGGUUUGUGGAACGCCGUGCACUACGCGACAACCUGGAACAAGCCCUUCUUAACUCCAUGGGCACUAAGAGGAUGGGCACCGGUGGCAUUGCUGCCAUCACUAAGAAACGACUACAUCAGCAACAACACCAAACCCUACAGCUAAACGGGAUUCACAAGCCAAGCACUGGUGUGGGCCAUCUUAAAAGCCCUUUGACUCCCUCGCAUUCCCUGCCCAUCAUUGCACCCUCCAUCCCCAACCCUAAUUCCUGCUCAGUGCCUCCAGACAGCAGAUCCCAGGCCCUCCUCAAGGACGAUUUUGCUCAAACGCGGUGGCCUUCCCCUGAGGAGAUCAGCCAAAUGGAGAGUCGGACAGGACGCGCCGAAAUUGCCCGCUGGUUCCACGACAGCCGGCUGCAGAGCGGCCACAUGGAGCUGACAGAACUUUUUGUGAAUGGAGGGCAGGGGCAGCCUGUAUACUCUCCCAAAAACUCUCCCCCCAACAUCCUCCAGCGCUGUCAAGAAGGAGCCCUGACAAACAACCACAGCAGUAAGAUGUUGGAGGUUGAGUUGGGCUGGCUGAUGGAUCAGCGCGCCCAUAGCCUCAGCAGUCAACAGCAGGAUGAGCUCCACGACCGGCUUGCUGGCAGACUGAGGCAGCAGAACCUGGUGGAGUUUAAGAACGGGGGACGGAAUGGAGGAGUCGGGGGAGGAGUGCGGGAGAUGUUCGGCAGUUGGCUGGAGGACGGACACUCGAGGAGGGGGCGGGAUCUGCUCCUGGACAGAGAGAGGAAGAUGACAGAUGACACAUCUGGGAGGCUGACUGGAUAAACGGUGCGAGUAGGAUUUGCCGCCAUCGCCGCCGCUGCUGCUGGAAUCAUAAGAAAACGAGGUGGACUGAGAAUGAAGCAAAGAAAAUAAGUUGUUUUUUAAAAUCAUAAGAUCUUUUCCUUUUUCUUUUUACAAUUUGUAUCUCUUGAUUGUCGCAUCUCAGAUCACGCACAACAUCCUCCUCAGAGUUACCCUUCACAGACCUGAUGUUCAUGCUACAAAAGCCUGAGUAAGAAGGGGGCUUUGCUUUGGCACCUUUUAUCUUAGCGAGGUGUACACAUGCUCCCAAAUUGAAAUCAUAAGAGUGCAAGGAGACAUUCCGGGUUACGAUCUGUGAAGAUAAUUGAAACAGCCAACCUCUCCUACGAAAUUCAAAUUCCUUUCUAUUCAUUUCUCACAGGAUUUUGAGUUUUUCAGUAAUAUUACAGGAGCUAAUCUUCUUCUAGUAUAUGCAGAAACAAGGUUUACAAACCCUAAAUCCUCUUUAAGAUCUGGAUUAGUUGUGUCUUUACUAAUCAAUAAGGCUUAUUUGUACAAGUCCCAUCAGCCAAUCACAGUAGCAGUUUAUGAAGAAGGCUGCAAACUGAAGGUAAAAUGAAACAAGUCAAAUAGUUUGUACUGCCCCUUUAAUUGUAAUUGUCCCUUUGAGUUUAUGAUCCUGAAUAUUUCCACUUGGUGCCAGUUUCAUGACAAAACGAGUACUAAUGCUGACUCAUCCUUACAAUGAAUUAUCAUUACACUCAUGACAUAAUCAGACUUUCUAUGAAAAGUGAAGAAGAUCCAAGUUGCAACAGAAUCAGAGAUUUGGGUUGUUUUUUAUUCCACCAAAUGUUCAUCCUUGUAAAACAUGAAAAAAAAAAAAAGAAGAUAAUCAGUGGAGACAAUCAGGAAAUGAUGCAUGGUAAUUAUGUUUUCAUUCACUUUCGAGAAAACAACUCUUUGCAGAGCGUUCAGGACUAUCACAUGAUCUUCAUCUGCAGAUUUCUCUUCAAAAGUACAAUAACAACAUUUCAAGAGGAGCCUUUAAUGUCUGAAAACUUUAGGACAGGUUUAAAAAGAGAAUGUGGUCUUUGCUGACCUGAGUGAUGCUGGUGACCAGUUACCUUUUUAAACCUUCUCUUUAGAAAAAAAGCCUUCGUUAGAAAAAAAUCAAACACGUUCCCUUAAAAAAGAAGAUUAGUUAUUGAUUAAGAAGAUUGUCUGCUUAACAUCCCAUCCUUCCCUUUAAAAAUCCAACAUUCCCUUUAAGUGUGGAGUUUAAAUAACAUUCAAAGACAUGUAUAUGUUAAAAGUCUAGUUUGGCUUUAUUAACAUCUCAAUGAUGGGAGUUUCUGAACAUUGUGAACAUUGCCUUUAAGAGGAAACCAGUUUAAUGAUCAGCACUUUCAUGUAAGUUCCUGAAAGAAACCCAGAACUUCUCCUUUAAGUCGCUCUGAGGGAGGAGUGGGGGCAUUAGCAGGUUGUAAACUCUUGGACCGGACAGAUGUUUGGGCCGAGGUGAUGUUGUACGUGACCUGUGUUGCCGUGGAGACGCGAGGAGGAGGGUGAACCGGAGCACUGAAUGUGUGCCUGCAGCAGCCGUCUGUACACCGACUGACAGACAGGGCGGAUUAAAAAAACAGACAAACAAAAACGCCGAGUGCCAAAGCUGGGAUCUGCUGCAUUCUCACUACACUUUUGAAAAAAAGGGUUCUUCUUCUUGUAUAUAGGAUAUAUAUGUUUGUUUGUUUUCGUUUUGUUCCUGUAUUGCUACAGAUUUGUAAAGUUUUGCGGGAAGAUUUUGUUACAUUUUGUAAAAUGGGAGCAAAUGGUCCCCCCGAAACCCUCCUCUUUUUUUGUUGCUUUUUUAAAGCCCUCUCUCUCAGAUUCUCUACUUUUAUUUGUUGAUGGAAAAAACGGUGCCAUUAGUGGUGUGUGUGUGUGCAACGUUUCUUUCUUUCUUUCUCCGUAUCUCUCUUUUUGUACUGAACCACCGUGGAACCACUACAGAAAAAAAGAAAAAAAGACGGACCAGUUGGCAAUACUUCAGUCACUUCUCCUUCAUCUCACCGGCACUGGACUUCUGCCUGCCACUUCCCCGCUGAGAGGAGGUGGGAGGAGGAGGAGGAGGAGGAGGGAGGAGGAGGAAGAGGGGGGACUUCGCUUCACAUCAAAUCAGAUUUAAAAAACAAAACACACAAAAAAGCACCUUUGGACCUUUUCUCUUCUUCUUUUUUUUACUGUGCAUAAGUGAAGUCAAGUGCUAUUAUUAUAUUAUUAUUAUAUUAUUAUUAAUAUUGUAGCCACUCUGUCUGGAACCCUUUUUUGCUGAAAAAAAAGAAACUACACAAGAAAGGAAAAAAAAUAAACGUAAGCCAAUCUGCACUUCUUGUUCCGAGGAACAUGCUUGGAUGACCAAGUGACUGUCGUGGGUCUUUGUUUAAACCGAUAAGGAACAAAACAACUUGAAAACAAAACAAAAAAAACUAUCAAGAAACUUUCAAAAUGGAGGCAAAGCGCAGAAGGAUCACGAUCACACAACACACAAUCUAGACAGUGAAAAAAACACAAUCCAGAAUCAUGCUGCCUGAAUCAUACUUUAAUCUCUUUUCCUCCGUUUGUCCUUCACUUCGUCUUCUACCUGUCAUUCUUUCUUUUUCUAUCUCUUUCGUUUCCUUCAUCGUUGAUUGUUCUCAAUUUCUAUCUCUCUUUGUCAUCCUGCACACCAUCUACACACCUGUAAUAAACAAAAAAAAAAA